AUGAGCGGGUUUCCCAAACCGUCUAGGAAGCGCAACCUCCGGCGAUCUCAGCUCAGAAAAUUCUCAAAAAACAGCGCGACUGCUGGCGGCGGCAGCGACUUCACUGAUACCACGGGCGCGAGCAACCCGACAAUUGCCCGUGGUAUUAGGGGCGCGGUGAGCGCCGCGAGCGCGGCGAGCACGGGGCGCGCGGGGAGCACGGGGAGCGCGGUGCGUGACAUGGUGAGCGUGGAGCUGCGUGCGCGUGGGCAUGGUGGUGCUCGCCGGCUCGCUCGCGCAGCCGCGCUCCGUCUCCAUCGACCUGGGCUCUGCGCGCCCGUGCCCGAUAUCGCGGGCGCGAGCGGCGGCUUGGCAAGCGGCGCGGUGGAUGCGCCGGUGUGGUGGGACGUGUUUUCGGAUCGCACGGUGUGCAACGCGGUGCAGCUGUUCGCGUCGCCUGAUUGCUCAGGUGCUGCGGUGGCGAAAUACCCGUUUGCAGGGUACAUGAGUCCCAUCAAGCUGCGCGCAUCUGUAAAGUCCAUCCGCUGCGUUAUCAGUGCCAGUCGCUGCUGCCAUCUGUGCCCUUCUGCUGACAUGCCUGCACCUUCUGCUGACAUGCCUGCACCUUCUGCUGACAUGCCUGCACCUUCUGCUGACAUGCCUGCACCUAUUGCUGACAUGCCUGCACCUAUUGCUGACAUGCCUGCACCUUUUGCUGACAUGCCUGCACCUUUUGCUGCAAUCCAUGCCUCUUCUCCUCAUGCCUCUCAAUCCAUCCCUCUCCCCAUCCCUCUCACCCCAUCUCUCUCCCCUAUCCUCCGAUGUGAUUAUGUGAUCCAGACAACAUCUGCCAGCGUGCCAGGUGCCCGGAACACUCCACAUGCAUCAAGACCAACGAUUACAGGGGGGUGGCGUGCCAGUCCGCCCAGGGCUAUCGUGACGAUUCACUCGUUCGUUACUUGGCUAGCACGCCCCGAUUUUCAACAUGCCACCAUCCCCCUCGUGCACCGAUUCCCCUCAUGCCGCUAUGCGCUUCUUCCCCACCACACAAUCCCAACUCCCUCACCUACAUGUGCUCGCCACCCCUUCACCAUGCGUCCCUUCCCCUGCGAUUAUGUGAGCAAACCCAUCAAUCCCCCCUCCCAUGCGCCCCUCCCAUGCUCCCCUCCCAUGCGCCCCUCCCAUGCGCCCCUCCCAUGCGCCCCUCCUAUGCAUCCUCCCUCUGUGUACGUAACCCAUGCCUCUCUCCCCAUUCCUCUCAACCCAUGCCUCUCCCCUCAUCUGACUAAUCCCAUGCCUCUCCCCUCAUCCAUCUCACCCCAUGCCUCUCCCCUCAUCCUCCCAUGA